GCAGAAUUUUGGUAUCAUGUACGGAUAUGUGGUUAUAGUUUGUCAUAUAUUCAGAGAACAAGUUGAAAUCAUCGCAGAAGGAUAAAGUUCGUCAGUUUAUGAUCUUCACACAAUCUAGUGAAAAAACAGCAGUAAGUUGUCUGUCUCAAAAUGACUGGAAGUUAGAUGUUGCAACAGACAAUUUUUUCCAAAAUCCUGAACUGUAUAUACGAGAGAGUGUAAAAGGAUCAUUGGACAGGAAGAAGUUAGAACAACUAUACAAUAGAUACAAAGAUCCUCAAGAUGAAAAUAAAAUUGGAAUAGAUGGUAUACAGCAGUUCUGUGAUGACCUGGCACUCGAUCCAGCCAGUAUUAGUGUGUUGAUCAUUGCGUGGAAGUUCAGAGCAGCAACACAGUGCGAGUUCUCCAAACAGGAGUUCAUGGAUGGCAUGACAGAGUUAGGAUGUGACAGCAUAGAAAAACUAAAGGCCCAGAUACCCAAGAUGGAACAAGAAUUGAAAGAACCAGGACGAUUUAAGGAUUUUUACCAGUUUACCUUUAAUUUUGCAAAGAAUCCAGGACAAAAAGGAUUAGGUAAGAAUUUUUAAAAAUUAUAUUGGUCAUUGUUUAGACUGAUGUUUUGAAACUUUUUGGUGAUUUGGAUGUUAUUUGCUUAUUUUUUUAAAAAACAGGAACAUCAUAAACGAUCAAUACCAAAAGAUACUUGGAAUCUUCUUUUAGACUUCAGUACAAUGAUUGCAGAUGACAUGUCUAAUUAUGAUGAAGAAGGAGCAUGGCCUGUUCUUAUUGAUGACUUUGUGGAAUUUGCACGCCCUCAAAUUGCUGGGACAAAAAGUACAACAGUGUAGCACUAAAGGAACCUUCUAGAAUGUACAUAGUCUGUACAAUAAAUACAACGGAAAAUUGCACAGUCAAUUUCUGCUGGCUGGACUGAACUGAAGAUCAAUCCUCACAAUUCAGACUGAGGGUUGUGUCAAAACUUUAAGGAUACAUCUUGGACCAUAUCGUAUUUCAUUCUUCUAAUGGUGGUUUGGGCUUGUCUUCUAGUCUGGGCCGCUCUAAACAUUUAUAAUUCCAACAUUGUGGAUUUCAUCUUAUAUCUGUGGACCAUCCUAGUUUAUUCUCCCAUAAGUCUUAGGAGCUUUAUGGUGAUUAUUUUGAGGUUUCCAUUCUUGCAUAAAGCACAAUGCUGUCUUCAUCAGAAAACAGUUUGGCAUAAGAAUUAAACAUAUGAACAUCACAAACAAUUUAUAAAAACUUCUUAAAUAUAUGCUUUGGGCUAGUUGCAAAGA